AUGAACACCCGACUACUGGCAAUUCUGAAAAAACAAGAGCUGAUUAAGGACAAUGAGGAGGGAAAAUUUUAUAAGAGACUCGCGGCUCAUAAGCCACGAGGAUAUGAUGGUGAAGCAGACCCACUGAAGCUCGAAGACUGGGCAGCCUAUAUAGAAAAACUACUAGAAGUAGCGAGUUGUCCUGAAAAUCUGAUAGUAAAGUUGGCAUCUUUCUACUUAGAGGGACCCGCUGAUAUGUGGUGGGGUACAAUCAAGAAAACCUCUCCUCAAGCUAUUUCCACUUGGGAAAUGUUUGUAGAAAAACUAAGAAAUAAGUUUUUCCCUCCAGCUUUGAGAAGGAAGAAAGAGAAUGAGUUCCUAUUCUUGAGACAAGGACAAAUGUCAGUGGUAGAGUACGCUGCCAAGUUCCUAGAGCUCUCGUGA